AUGGUUUCAAUAUCGCUCUUGAUCUUACCUACAUUUGCGCUUGUCGGGUCAGCUACACAGGUCUUACACAACCGUCAGUAUACAGAUCCCUGCGCCGGACUUGGGAAUUACACGUACCCUAGCUCCCUCCUCAACUUCACAUUAUCUGCAUUGAACCGAACGUUGCCCAAUGCGAAUGCUACUGGUGCCCCUUUGUACGUUGGCACCUCAUAUUUCGACAACGGGACCAUCAGCAUAUAUAAUCAAGGAGUGCUUACCACAUUUUUCAACUUCUCUCUCCCUCCUUAUCUUUGGCCGGGGCCUUCUAUGUCCCUGAAAAGUGGCGGGCUGUAUCCUCUUUCGUAUGGUUCGAUUCUAUCGGCCGUUGACAACAGCGUUGCUGAAGGCGGAGAAAUCGGCUUCCUCGGAGAUAUCAAGGGCAACCCCCUCCCCCCAGCGGCUGAAAUCUACUGUAUUCAACAAACGUACAAUUUGACCGCUAAUGCCGCUGACAAAGAUGUUGCGCCUUCCCCCCUUCCGCUCCUGGCCGUGUACGGUGACACAGGAAACUUUUCAAUAUGCACAUCGCGUCCGUCAGAACCCGGAGGCGUAAUUACGCAGAAUGUGGUGUACAAGCCCAUAUCAAACAGUUCUACGUACUACUAUGACACCUGUUAUUCUGUCAAUUUGCAGGUGCUGUAUGAGGAUGCCUAG